AACAUUUGACUUAUGCGAAGCCGGUCGGCAUCAUCCGCAGGUUGCAGGCAGACGUUCCCACAGAGAAGAAAGUUCCCACAGAGAAGAACGAGGAAGAUUAACAAGGAGCCUUGGUCAAACCUUCAAAUUCUUCCUUCAAACAAUUCCCAGAGGAAACCGGGUAUACGAGUAAUGCUGGUAUGCGACUGUACAAGUGAGCUGGUGACCUGUACAGUCGUUGUUGUAGGUCAUCCGUCUCCUGGCAGGUCCACUAUAACACCGGGUUACCACGCACAGUCUGCCGUCGAAGCGGUCAGGAUGUCGGCCAAUCGCUCUACCUUCAAGCACCCGUGGGGAACCAUCGUUAAGCCGGAGUUCGGAAUGGGCCAUCAGAAAAUGACGGCCGAUGAGGUAGAGCAGGCUGUAAACCGCCUCUACUACAUCCCCACCCCACGGAAAACAACAACAAAGCGAAACAACCCUGACAUUACCGUGGACCAGGCCGACGAAAUGCUGGAGAGAUUGACAAAGUACGACAGAAACCUGGUGCCUGACAGUGACCGACGGAUACAAAGUUCUCCUUAUAAAGACCUCGGAAUUGUCCAUUCCUUCGCAUGGAAAGGUUAUACCUAGCUGUGGCCCGAGUGCUGAUCUGAGUUGGGUUAUGGGGGAAACGGUGUGAUAUCACGGACAGCAGGCGUCGUGUGCAAAUUCACGACAAACGGAUUUCUCAAGACUUCAGGCAUUUGACUUGCAGGUGGCAUCUGCAUUUAAACAGUUCAUUAUACAGAGGAGUGACAAUACCUUACCGAUUUAUUAACAUUAAGGAAUGAUUUAAGGAAAAUCCCGUUUUCCAUGCUGAGAAGAAUGCAUGAUUGUCGCGAUAAAUUAACUUCAUUGUGUCAACG